UCUUAUCGCACAUACCGAGAACAUCCUACGACCGUAACGGAUAGUGACACAUUUUCGGACGGGCGGGUCGUUUUUUUUCCACAUUUCACCAUCAGCCACGUUUGGGGCAAAGUGUGAAAAUUUGGAAGAUUUGUCUCAGUGAAAACAAUCCUUGUAAAUUUGUCUCUGUGCGGAAUAAAUCGCAAAUUCCACGAGUGGUUAUUGCGAAAUACUACUAUACUAGUGCGUAACAAUAUAGAUUUUUCGACUGUGCACAAUCCAGCAGCUGAAAAUUUAUGGAUCCGUGAAAAAUAAAUAUUAUGUUAAUGUAAUCAACUUCGUUUCUAGACUAUUACGGUUCGAUGUGACGUACGUGUGUUAAAGAGAAAGCUAUGCUAUCCGGAAUUGAAAUCAGGUAACAUUCCCAGGAGACGAGCAUGAACUGAGAAAAAGUAUUGUUUUUUUACAUUUGAAAACCGUAGCUCAAAACUUGAUUACUAGGAAAAGGAAUGUCUAAGUUACUGGAAAAAGUUUCCUGUGAAGAAAGAAAAACCUGCGCUCAGUGUGGUGUGUUACGCGAGCAUUUGAUGCCAAUGAAUGAGUAGAUUAUUUGAAGGUGAGGAGAAAGCAAGAAUAAAGAAGAAAAAAACAAUUGUGCUGAAAAAAUAACAGAACGCGAAAAGUGGUUUUAUCCUUGUACAACCGUUGUGAGAAAAAAAAUAGAGCAAGAGAGCGUCAGUGUGAUACCGCGAGAAAGAGACAGAGCAUGAUAUCGUGUAAGGUAGUAUAUCUUGGAGAAAUAGAAAGUUAAUUAAAAGUUUCCUCUGAAUAUUUUGUUGCACGUUCGAGUGUCCUCGUUCACACACAUACCCCCACGGUGUAAGAAGUUUCUGCAUUCACAUGCAAAAUAAAAGUGCAAUCCUUUCGGGGAUAUCGGGUUAGCUGGAACAGAAUAAAGCUGUUGCUCAUUACUCCUUCCAAUGCUCUAGAUAGCAAUUCAAACUAUUCGGGAAACUCGUGACCGUUUUCACAGCAUAUGGUUUCGUAGGGGCACGAAUUGAAACCGCACCCGUUAUUUGUAUUACAAAAAUAAAGAAGAAAAAAAAGAAACUUACAUCGAUUGUGUCAGUUUGCACUUAUACUCCCACUUAGUCUUCUACACACUAUAAAUCACCCACAUCAGUGAGAGCUUCCGGGGUGUGGGCAUCAGGACCAUGUGAGCAAGGACGAAUCUGGGAUUUCCGCUGGUGCUUGGUUGACAGAAUCAGAACCACGUGAGGCACACAGCUGUGGAGAAAAAAACAAAGCAUAUAUGAAGUGAGAGUUUUAAAAAUAGCCUGCUAAAUAUCGUAUUAGGCAGAGUGGAAGGACAUUACCGAUAAAAACGGCAGAAAAAAGGACGGACUGUACGGCGGUAGAGGCGCAAAAUUUGUAAUAAAACCGAUUCAGUAGUAACACUUAAUCAUCAUCAUCAUCAUUAUCAUCACCAGUUUCGGUCAUCGGCGUUUACCAUUCCGUUGUGUGCGUGUAUGUGUGAGGAGAGGUGAAUCGUGAGCCAACGUUGUCGGGUAUCAUAGUCGUCGGAAGCAAUUAGAACAGGAGAGAAGCGAAUCUAGGGGAUACGUUUACGUUCGUUACGGGAUACGCACCAGUACUGCCUCUUGUAUUGUACUUUGCUGCUGUAGACGAAAACCGCCGUGACCGGAAACUGUGUAUGUGUCUGUACGUGUACAACGAUUGACCCGAGCGAGCAGAAGAUUACUUGCCAAAAGCGUGCACUGGUGGCUACGGUGAUGCUGUAAAUUAUUGUGAAAACUACUAAAUAGACGAUGUCCAACGACGCACUGUGGGUGUCUGACGCCAUGUUGGACUCGCUCAGUAUGCAACUUCGGGAUGCUGAAGCUCGCAGAGCUGAAGCGGAACGCGCACAUCAGGAAGCUCUGGCACAGCUGAGAGGCAUGUCAUCCGGCGUCGGGAGGAUAGGAGAACCGAUUGAUGCAAUGCAAUCGAGGGCACGCGAAUUGGAGAAGAAGGCCGCUCUUGAAACAGUCAGAUGCGAAGAGCUACAGCUAGAACUGUCGGCGGCCCUAAAGUCCCGUCCCGGCCGAACACCGGCCAGUUCCAGUUCCGGAGGCAUCGGAAGCCUCAACAGCACAAUCACAAGCAAUUCAUCGGCCAUGGUCAACAGUAUCGGAGGCCUGAGCAUGGUCGGAAAUUCGACUUCGCUGGGAACGUCAUCCGCCCUGAGUGGAAUUAGUGGUGGUGUUGGUGGUGGAGUUAGUGGUAGUGGUGGAGGUGGAGGUGGGGGAGGAGGUGGUGGCGGUACAGUCACUUGGGCACCGACGCCGACCCAACAGCAAGGAACCGAAAUAGAUAGGAUUAUGGCGAAGAUCGAACAGGCACGUUUACAAAUUGCUAAUGACAAUCGUAUAUUGGCCGAACUAGAGCACCCGCGAACGACUGGACCAAUAAUGUCAUCAUCGCUAGGAUCGGGUCUUUCGAGUACUGGCCUAGGUCUUUCUCAGCAUCAGCCCCACCUCCAGACAACUAGUUUAGCGUCCCAUAUGAACAGCACAUCGAUACUCGGUGGCAUGAGUGGACUGACCAACAGUGCUGGAACCGGUGUUGCAAAUUCGAUUGGUUUCAAUUCAAUAGGAAUCAGUUCAAUCGGUACCGCUGGGGUUAGUUCCAUAACGGCCGGAGUCAACUCCAUGCACGUUUCGUCGGUUGGAGUAACAUCGAGCACCAGUAGCCACGCGCUAACCGACGGACAAUACAGUGCGCUUACAUCAUCAACCGGAAACUCGAAUCCUUACUCAGCAGCUAAUGUUUCACCACUGCCAAGUCGGGCGAAUCCUCUGGGCACGAUGCCACCAUUAUGUCAGAGCUCAACAAUGCCCGUUCUAUCAUUACACAAUACCCACUCGAUACCGUCGGGUUCGGCUAGUUACACUCUAGGGCUGAGCGUAGCACCCGUAGCCUCGUCGUAUACAUUUCCGACGCAUUCGGCAACGACCGGAGGUCUGGCGAGUGUUCUCUGCAAUGUAGGAACGUCCGGUGUAGGUACGUCGGGGGUCUCAGGUCUCGGAGGCUUGGGAACUGGUCUGGGAACUGGUACCGGACUAGGCUUAAGCUCGAACAACCCACUCAGCAGUACGUUGGGAACCAACCUGACCAACUACAACACAAGUACUUCGUACUCAACGUACACCAACCCGCUACUGACAUCCGGUGGGAUCAGUUCCAAGAUGAAACCACUCGAUGAACUCGAUAUGUUGACAAGGUAUGGUCAGCGCGGUGGAACACCAUGUUCUCCAAUUCCACCGGCAAACUGGGGCAUGGAUAGCUACUCCGGUAUUGACGGUGUAAAUCCCGCCUUCAUGCAUGCCCAAAAUCGAUCACUAAUCGGAAUGGAACUAGAUGCACGAACGCACGGUUUAACACUGAACGGAACCGGUGAACCGCAAGUGGAUAUGUUAGAUAUACCGGGAAAAGGUAGAUGUUGUGUAUUUAUAGCAAGAUUUUCCUAUGACCCGCCAGAAGUGGAAGGUUCAGAAGGUGAAUUGGCGCUUUGCGCAGGUGAUUAUUUGUUAGUCUGGGGCAACGGUGAACCGCAGGGUGGUUACCUGGAUGCCGAACUGCUAGAUGGUAGAAGGGGCCUGGUGCCCGCGCCCUUCGUUCAAAGACUAGUAGGUGACGAUUUGUUAGAAUUUCAUCAAGCCGUAGUGUCGACACUGCGGGACGCAGACGACGCUCCGAUUAAUCUCGAACCAGCGCCGUUACCGUCGGGUAUUCCUCUUAUGCCGCACACAACCGACGACUUUGCCCGAAUCAGCGAAAGUCAUACCGACGUAGGUCAAGAGUUUGACGACGAAGCCGACACAGUUCCUGCACCGAAACACCUCACCCUGGAACGGCAAUUGAACAAAAGUGUCCUCAUUGGUUGGACGCCCCCAGAUCCACCAUUAUGCCACCAGAUCGAGAGCUACCACGUGUACGUUGACGGCGUACUGAAGGUGACUGUCAAGGCGACCGAGCGCACACGAGCACUGGUAGAGGGCGUUGAUUCCAAUAGACCACAUAGAAUAAGCGUACGUAGUGUAACCCAGAAUCGAAGAACCUCUCGAGAUGCUGCCUGUACAAUGAUUAUCGGUCGCGAUACUGCACAUUUAGGACCAUCGGCUGUCCGGGCCACCAGCGUAACUUGUUCCAGUGCGAUUAUUUCGUGGCUGCCAGCGAACUCCAACCACCAGCAUGUGGUAUGUGUAAACAACGUGGAGGUACGAACGGUGAAACCCGGCGUCUAUAGGCACACAAUAACGGGGCUGGCUCCCAGUACGCAGUAUCGAGUAACGGUACGAGCGAAGCAUUUACGUGCGGCAGGUCAGACGUCCACAACAUCUACCACAACCGGUCCUCCACCGGAAGAAGCACCCGGAGCGUACACCGAUUUCAGAACCUUAGCCAAAGGACUGCCCGAUCCACCCCAGGAAAUUCAAGUCGAAGCUGGACCUCAGGACGGCACUCUGCUCGUCACUUGGCAACCGGUCACACGGCCACCUUCGUCCGGACCGGUGACCGGGUAUGCCGUGUAUGCGGACGGCAAGAAAGUGACUGAUGUGGACUCGCCAACCGGCGACCACGCGCUGAUCGACAUCGGCAAACUGGUCGGACUCAAUCCCCGAGCAGUGACAGUGCGGACCAAAUCUCGCGACUCUCAGUCGGCGGACAGCACACCAACCAUGAUACCAAAAACAAAUACUGAAAAUGGACUAAACUAUUCAUCAUCAUCACAACAAUCGCAACACAACCAAGACCAAGUGCGUGCCGCUGCCAGGAAUCGAAAUCCGGGCGGGGCCAUCCAGCCACAGCCGGGUCACAUGCGGAACCAGCGAAUGAUGAACAAUCAGCAGAUGAUGAACAACCAGGGUAUGAUGAACAACCAGGGCAUGAUGAACAAUCAGAUGCAACCGAUGAAUCCGAACCAAGUGAUCGACCACGACGAGAACCUGAGCGACAAGGAAAUCUACCCCGGCUCGAUGCACCAGCAGGAACGUUCCCAACGCGAUUCAAACAGCAGCGGCAUACCGGCGAUCGAAAUCACUAAAGAGACCGCCAACGAUGUCACCUAUGUUAGUGAUGAUAGUGAAUACCAAGAUGGCGCUAGCAGCGGUGGCGGUAGUGGGCGUCGUCGUAGCGGCCCUCCGCCACAGCAGCAACAGGGCUACCGAAACCAGAAUAUGUCCGCUAAUCAGCAGGGCCGCCAGAUAAACUCCCAAGGACCAAAUCAACCGUACUACGGUAACCCGAAUCAACCGCAACCACCGCAACAACAGAUGCAACAGCAACAGCAGAAUCAACAACAGCAGCAGACUCAACAGAUGAUGGGUCGCAACCUCAAUCAACCGCGACCGACGAACCCGAACCAACCGAUGCCACCUCAAACGCAACAGCAACGAAUGGUUGGUCCAGUGCCUGGUCAGCAGAUGACCCCUCAAACGAUGCCACCCUUUCCGCCGCACCUAAUGGGAGCGUCCAAGAAACCGCGAUACUUUAUGGCACUCUUCGACUACGAUCCUGCCACCAUGAGCCCGAAUCCGGACGCUUGUGAAGAAGAGCUUCCCUUCAACGAGGGCGACACAAUACGGGUCUAUGGCGAUAAAGAUCCGGACGGUUUCUAUUGGGGAGAACUACGAGGAAGGAGAGGUUAUGUUCCGCACAACAUGGUUCAGGAGAUUGAGGAUGGUGCUCAGGGUGGAGUAGGGCCUUCAGUUCGUGGUAUCAGCCGGGAUCGAUGGGGCGAUAUUUACGCCAACAUGCCGGUAAAACGAAUGAUAGCUCUGUAUGAUUACGAUCCGCAAGAGCUAAGUCCUAAUGUGGACGCCGAGGUGGAAUUAAGUUUCCAAACCGGUGCCGUCAUACUCGUGUAUGGCGAUAUGGACGAGGACGGCUUCUAUAUGGGUGAACUGGACGGCGUCCGAGGUUUGGUGCCAUCGAACUUCCUCACCGAGGCACCGGAUCAAUACAAUAACCAAGGCCCUACUGCCAACAGUUUAGCGCAACGUACGCUCAACAGUACCGCCAAUCGGGGCCGGGGGAUAGGACCCGGAGCGCGUGGACCUCCUCCUCCGCCACGGGACAACAUGGGCGGCAUGGGUGGUUUGAAUCAGAGGGGCCCGCAGCGAAAAGAUGCUCGCCCUUCUUCCCCUACACUGUUAGACAACACGGGCCACCCUGCCCCCGAUCACCAAACGCAGGGGAUGCAGGGGAUGGGAGGGAUGAUCGGUCAAGGAAUAGGGAUCGGUGGUAAUGUUGGCGGAAUGAAUAGUAUGCAACAACAGACCCCACUGCAGCAACAACAGCAACAAAUGCGCCAACAGCAGCAACCGCCCAUGAUGCAGCAUCAACAGAUGCAACAAAUGCAACAUCCCCAACAGCAACAACAACAACAACAACAGCAACCUGUGACAACAGCCUCAUCCGGUGGUGUCUUCUCACAAGCUACCAACCUUCUGUCUGGAGCUGCCGGUGCUGCAACUGGUGGUCUGUUCGGCAAGAAGCCGGCCGCACAGACUCAGCAGCAGCAACCCGGUGGUCAGAUGAACCAGCAACCCCAGCAACAACAGUCAUCCGGUCCAUUUAGUAGUUUAGGUAUGAAUAUGGGCUUGGGUGGAGGCCAACAGCAACAACAACAACAACAGCAACAACCUGGUCAACCCGGUCAACCGGGACAGCCCGGCCAACAACAGCCGGGUGGUCCCAACAUCAUGGGCAAAAUCCAGGAAAUAACAGCACCCGGAGGAGAUAUGCUAUCCAAGGGUAAAGAACUAUUAUUUAUGAAAUUUGGACUGGGUGGUAAAUAACCCCAGGCAUUUGGUUCAGAACGUUACGACUAUUGUUACUGGAACGGUAACGAAGCUAGACUAUACUGUAAAUUACUAUUGUUAUGAAUUACUCUCAGCAUUCCGAAUCCUACGGCGAACUCGAUACGGGGCGAAUCAGCAACUAAAUCGCACCCAACAGUGAAAGGAACAAAUAACAUAGGCUAGUAAGUAAAGGGCAAAACCAAAACAAAAAUCGUUAUCGGUAUAGCUUUGAUUUACACAAAACAAAAUGAGAGCAAAUAAUAAAGGUAAAAUGUAAAUAUGACGAAAUCUAGAUUUUUUUAGGUUUAUUAGUUUAAAAUGAAACAAUUAGAGACUAGACGAAAACAAAGACAUGAUCACGCACACGUAUUUUCUGCGAAAUUAAAAAAAAAUUGUUUUCCCAUCUACAAAUUUUUCUCGACUUUGCAUUUGUUCGUGCCACUUCUAGUUAGCGGGAAAUCCUCCACCCAUGAAAGUAUAGUUGUAACUUAAUAAAACGUGUUUCAACGGUGUUACGUCUGUUUUUUAGUUUUUAAAUGAGCAUCUGACAUUUAGUUUUUGGUAACGGUUCAAGAAAUUACACUGGAGGAAAAGUUAAAAUUAUACAAUGUUGUAGUUAUUAUUGGACAUCAAAGACAAGUUCUAACAUUAAGAUGAGUGAUCAAAAAACAAAGUGAAUGAAAAGGUGAUAUUUACAUUUAAAGCAAAUCAUUACCCAUAUCAUUCCAUAUGAAUAAUAUUAUAAAUAUAUCAUAUAUAUUUAAAGAGAUGGACAAAAACAUUCAUGCUUCAAAGUGCUGUUCAAGAAUUAGAGCUCACCAACAUCACACCGUUUCAACUAUCCAGUCAUUACUCAUCGAUACAUGCUAGCAAAUAUGAACACAACAACAAAAUGUUAUUGGAUCGAAACCGCGCGUCUUUAGCACAACAUAAUAUAUUAAUUAAUAACAAAUAUCUUUCAAUAAUAACAAAACAAACACAACUUGAAGUAAAUCUUAUUACCGUUAUCUUAUUAUUGACUUCUAACUUAAAUUGUGAAUCAAAGAGUAAACAAAUAUCAACUUAUAACAUUGUUAUUAUUUGUUAUUAUCUUGGUUCGUUUAUACAAAAAGUCGCUAAGAUGUUGUAUUGAAAUACCUAUUACAAAUCUAAAAGACAGAAAAUAUGUAGCUAAAGCAAAAUUUAGUGUAAUAUACCGAAGGAGAGGAAAAAAAUCAUACUUCAAAACUCUAGCUAUUGAUUUAGAGUUACACUCGAGCAUUGGGUUAGGAGAAGAUUUCGAAUCGAAUAAUCGAACCAAAAAUCAAAUCCUAGAUUGGCUUGUAAAUAUCAGUACAAGGUCGAAGGAAACCAAGCAGAUCCAGGCCGGAACAAGCGUACGCUGGCAGUUGUUAACGGAAAGAUACAUUGACGAGAAAACAACAAAUUAUUCCAGGUGAAAUGUUAAGGAAAAAGACGACCACAAAUGUUUACCCACCAUUAUUAAAUUGAGAAUAUUUAUAGUUAUUAACCAAUCUUUAAAAAUAAACAAACCAAAAAAAAGCAAAGAAAAAUAACAAAAAUAACCAAUUUUGUGGCAUGUCUUGAUGACACAUAGAGAGGAGGAUGGAUUCAUGACGAUCAAAAAAAUUGAAAAAAAGAAAAAAAUCAACUGGAAUACAAUCUUGAACACAUGACAUGAUACAUUAUUCGUGAGCAGGCUGCGAAUCAAUCAACGAACGGCGUCUGAUCUGCGCUUACUGAUUCUUCGCAGGGUUGUACACAGCCGUGCGGAUGUUUGCAAUCUUCGUCGUCCGGAAAAUGUUCCAAAGUAGAAUAAUUGUGAAAACUUAUUUAGUUCCCAACUUGUGAUUUUAAACAUUUGACAAUCUCUGGCAUGUAUUACAAAUGCAGGCAUGAAUCACGUAAACACAACUUUUUAAAGCCUGUCUGAUUAAUAUUAUUUGACAAAAUAACCGCGACAAACAACGCCAUCGUUUAUUUGUAUCGUAAGCUGAAUCCCACAGAAACACACAGAAAAAUCUCAUCAGAAGACACAUUUUUUUCCGAACGAAAAGAUUGCAUUCAUCUGGGGCGAUUACACAAUUCAACACAAUCUAAAGACACAUCCCAGAACACGUACAGAAACACGUGCACCGUUUGCUAAGAUGAGGUGAGGUAAUGUCAAAUAUUAAAACUAGAAAAGCAAUCUAAUAGUUGCGCGCGUUAACUGGCAAUCGUAAGUAUUCUGAUUCAAUCUUCUUUUUUAUAACUUUUCUUCUAACCAGCUAUAUUCUUUUUAUGAGAAUCGUUUGACAGAUCGUUGUUUUUUAAUAACUGAAAGACUGCGCCCGCGCCUGAAUGCGGCUUCUUAAAAUUCACGCGUGUCAUGCGAGCUCUAUCGAAUAACUUAGGUUCUUUGCCGUGACGUCACAAACGAGACCACAAAUGUAGUUUCUUGUUCUGAAAUGAAUUGAAGUGGACGUCAAAGCAGUUUUAGUCACUAGUAUGGACUAUUGGUGAUCUGUCAAAACGAUUGUGUUGAUUGCCACGGUAAAGAACUUAAACUGCUUUUAAAUAUUUACCAAACCUCUUUUUGGUUCUUACUAUAUCAACCUUUCAUUUUGCUUCAGUUCAUUCGGCUCGUUGAAAAUCUCAUUCUCAAAAAUCGGAUUAUCUCCCGUGUUUUUUUAGGGCCCAACGACUGUAAUUUGGCGUAGUCUCCAGUCAAAAUUAAACAGCACAUCUCUACACGAACUUUUCAGAAUCCGACGGAGUUUAUCUGUCAAAGCGACCGACACCGAUCCGAAAAUAUCUCCAUACAUAUAUUAUAGAUUUACCUCACGUAGAAUUAAACUUCAAACCAGAUGGCUAUUCUGAAUUGAAAUUCAGGUGAAUUUCAGUCGUAGAAAUCGUUCAGCUUAAACCAUUAACAACUUGAUUAGACUGGUUUGCCUAUGAUCCGUUAUUAGUAACUUAUUUUACUAGAACGUUCCGUGCAAGCAUAGGUCCGGGAAUAAAUGGCAUCGGACAAAUAAGUGACAAAAUGAUGAUAUCAAAUCCAUACUCAAUACUGGAAUAAUUAACCAUGUUUCGAGAAGUGAUGACCGUAAAAAUAUUUUUGAGCUUUCUACUGUUUUAUAUUGGUAAAGUAAACUGUUAUAUAUCAGCAGAAUUAUUUUGCAGCUCGUUUGCAACACAUUUGAAACACAGUAUUUUUUUUCGUAUUAUUGAAACCUACCUUUUCCUAUUAAGUUUUAGAUGAACAUGACAUAACCACACAAAAUGUUCAUAUGUUGAAUUGAAGAAAAUCUUGAAGUCAUUAAAGCUUCAGUUUGGUCAAGUUUCGCAAGAUAACGUGAUGAAUAAUGAUUUUCUUGCGCUGAAGUAUAAAGGAAUGACAGGUAAUAGAACGUAAUGUAGCUGUCAAACGAUGGGCAUUCAGUUCAUGCGGUGAGGUGAAGUCAAGAGUGUACAGAAGCGUGUGCCAAAAAGUUCAAGAGUUGGGAAAGCAGAAUCAAACUUAGAUAUUUUCUAUGAUAACCAUUUCAGAUCAUUUGUUUACCGCGAAUCAAAUCAUUUGAUAGGUUGAUGAGUAAACUUCGUUUCGAUUAAAAGUAGAAAUAAUGAAGAACUGUGUGUUUCUCAUUCAGUGCAUGGGUAUGCGAGUAUGUGUGUGUGUUUGUGUUUUUGUUGUUAAAAAGUGGAAUGCAUUGUUUGCAUAUCAGCAAAUUUUUAAUGGGAACAACUGAUUUUUUUUGCCUACCGGGUAUUAAAGAUUUCCAUGGUUUGUGCAAAUAAACUAAGAUUCUCGGAGUUUUGACUGACAUUGGAAAAAAAUGUUGGCUAUAAAUGACGUCGACCUUAUUUUAGUUCGCGAACCUUAAAUAAUCUGGAAUAAUUUGAGUGCGAAAAUUGCUUAAAACCGGGACGAAGAUAUUUUAUAAUUUGAACUGGCAUCUCUGCAUGGAUUGUAAUAAGUCAUAAAAUAGUUCGAUUUUUAACAGCUAUUUUCAGGACUAAAUUAUCUAAGAAUAUAAUUAACAGUUAAAUUCUUACUUGUCAAUCAGUACUACACGCAGAAAAUUCUCGGUUGUUUCAAACAGAAAACUAAAAAAAUAAUUGUUUCAAACCGAGACAUCGCAGAUUAAAACAAAGUAUGCUUGUUUUCAACUAGAAUAUGGUUGUUUCAAGCUAAUGUUGGUUGCUGCAAGAAAACAUAUGUUGAAUCAAACCAUAAUUGUUAUUGUCACUGUAUCAACAAUAUAAUUCGUUAUAAUCACCCGGAAUUUAUUUAUCUUACCAUUGCUUUAUCUUUAUCUUUAUCUAAGAUCUCAAAAAAGGUCGGUGAGUUUCAAGUGCUCUGUAAGAUAUAAUGCCAGGGAUCGGUUUAGUGAUUAAAAAUGGCCACUUUGAAAUGUUGGUGAGUUCUAGAAAGUCGGCAGACGAAAAGAAGUAUAUCAGCAGCUGCUUCGAAAAAUCUGCAAAUUUACAGGCAAAUCUUUCAUUCAUGGACCGCAUUAUCAUGCUCGACACGAACGGUUUUUCUUUUUGUAGAAGCGCUUGUAUUAUAAAAUCGAUUCCCAACAUGCCCUCAGAUAAUAUAAUUUUAAGAUUAUCUUUGAAAUAUCUACAAAACAUGUUAAAUCUUGUAAAACUAAUUAAAACCAUAUUAGCGACUCUCACAGAACAGCCUGCUAGACGACCGGUCACAUCUGUCAGAAAUCUUUUUCGGCAUUUAAUAAAAAAAAUGCGUCUAAAGUCCGGCAACACUGAAGCAACCGACAAAGAGUAUUGCUCAGCGGUUCAACCAGUGUUAUUCCAGCCAGAAACUAGCAGAAUCUUCUUUAAACAAUUCGAUUGUAUCGAUCCUUCAUCUGUUUCAAUUUUCGUCUGUUUACAAUUAAAAAGGUUACUAAUGUCGUUUUCGCUUGAUGCUAAACCUAACCCAGUUUUCACCCUAACUGCUGUCAAACCGUUUGUUUGAGGCUACACACUUAAAAAAAAACCCUGUGAUUUUACAUCUUAUUAGAUGCACAUAUUUGGAGCGUUGCAGUUCACGCAAAUUUACGUGAAAGAACAUUUAAUGUUGUGUCUAAAAUUCCAUGGCAUGAAAUUCAUUGAAAUGAAAAAAUAAUACUGAUAGCAAUCGCCGCGACUUGAAACGAGAAUCAUUGGAUCGCAAGUACGUUUGUUAAUCGACUGAGCCACAGAAGCAUGCAUCUGCUUGGCUAGAAAAAGGUACAUUUAAAUUCAUACAGUGGCACCUGCUAGCAAAACGCAAGUUACAGUCGGAACCAGUAAAAUUCAAGCUCAUCUAACAUUAAGUCAUUACAAAUAAAAUUUUCCGUCACUUGACAAAUUAGGUCUUUAUAAAUUACAUCGUAUGAGGAAUUAAGUCACCUGUAAAAUUCAAAAUUUUUUGGAGUGUAGUUUCGAACCUAGUUUUAACGUUGUUGAACUGAAAAUCGAGUCAGUUUCGAACCUGGUUGUUAUAUCAGGUUUGAAACUGACCCCCGUUGCUAAGUGCGAAAUCAACACAGUUUCGUGAAAAGUGUUUGUUUGAUGAGACUACCCUGGGUCAGUUUUAGUUUUCUCAAGCGAAAAUGACAUAAAACAUCAACUUUUUUAUUGCCUAAUGGGAAAUUUACAACCUUAAAAAACAGGCAUUGUUGAAAAGCAGUUUCCUUUGCCUUUGUUGAGCGGAAAUUUAUGAAAGAAUUAUCCGGUUAAGGUUUAUUUGGUAUAUUUUUCCUGAUAAACUGAUGAGCCGUACACGUUUAGAAAAAAAUGUGUAAAUGUGUCCUUCACUUAAAUUUACAAUUCAAUGCAUGUAAAGAUAGGUCAUAUCAUUAACUUCACAGUUAAUUCGAUACAGACACAAAAAUUACCGAACAAAAAACGGAAUGUUUGAAUUUACGUCACUUGAAAUUUCAUUUUUUAUGACAAUGUAGCGGAUUAAACUGGUUUUGCAUCUUUCAACAAUGGUUGUUUUGUUUAAAAAAAUCUGCAAUAGCAGUAUAUUUAGCAGUUUUCACAUUGUGUAAAGCAGAAAAAACGAAGGAAUGUUUAAGGUAUCACCGACAAGCGAAUAAUACAACACUACCUACACGCUUAGAAAAAGUUACUCAAAGUUUGAGUACUAGUUACUCAUUUUCAAAUGAUACAUGGAAACGUCAAAAAUUGAGUAGUUAUCAUCAAUGAUAUUGAGUAACUCCUACUCUAAAUUUGAGUUUAACGCAAAAUCUCUUUUUAUAGUUACUAUUCGCAUUCGCGAUAAGUCUAAAAGUUGUAAUUUGUAGCAACAGGUUGUAUUUUUUGUUAGUGAGACGCGUAUUUCGAGGGUGAGUCGAUCAACACAAACGGUGUUGUGUCUGCAAAAACCGGAAUGAUCAGCUUCGUGUUGUGCUUUAGAAAGGAAACGAAUAUGCUCAAAUGUCAUUUAUGAGGAAUAAGUGUAUGAUUGGUGCCUGAGCAUAACACACUACUCCAAGCGACCACCACUUGAUAUAGUAUUGAGUUCAAUUAUUUAACAUUUUAAUACAAUACACUCAGAAAAGGAGCAAUUUUUUUGCAAAUUUGGUAUAUGUGAAAUCAAAUUUCACACAAAAUUUGAGUGAUAGUUACUCUAUUUUUGUACAUGUACGAAUAUAGUAUUACUCAGUAAAUGAGUAGAUUUUACCCAAAUAUCGUUUCCAGUGGAAGAACUCAAAUUUGAGUAACUUCGGAGUUACUCUAAAUUAGAGUUGUUCCACUUUUUCUGUAGAUGAGUGAGAUCUUACUCAUUUUUGAGUAACUAUUUUUAAGCGUGUAUGCUAUUUUGACAGCUGCUGGCGUACACGCUUAGAAAAAGUUACUCAGAGUUUGAGUACUAGUUACUCAUUUGAAAAUACAUGGAAACGUCAAAAAUUGAUUAGUUACCAUCAAUAAUAAUGAGUAACUCUUACUCUAAAUUUGAGUUUAACGCAAAAACUCGUUUUUAUGUUACUGUUCGCAAGAUCAGUCUGAAAGUUGUAAUAACCAUUUGUAGCAACAGGUUCUAUUUUUUGUUAGUGAGAUCGCGUAUUUCAAGAGUGAGUCGCUUAACACAAACGGUGUUGUGUCUGCAAAAACCACAAUUUUUAGACAGUCCUCUUGGUUUUGCCAUCGACGCAGUUAUUGUGUCCAGAAGGGAUCCGUACUGUGCUUCAGAAUGGAAACAAAUAUGCUCAAGUGUGGUAUUUAUGAGGAACAAGUGUCUGAUUGGUGUCUGAGCAGUACUGACAUGCGUGUUAAGCUACGAUUGACACUACUCCAAGCGAUCGCCACUUGAUAUGAUAUCUCGAAGUUAGAAAUCAAUUGUAAACGGAAUAAUAAAUGAACACAGUAUGAUUAUUUUAUGUAUUGCGUGUCAAUUACUUAAUAUUUUAAUACAAUACAAUUAAAAAAGGAGCAAUUUUACUCAUUUUUGGUAUAUGUGCAAUAAAAUUUUAUUCACAAUUUAACUAAUUACUCUAUUUUUGGCACAUGGGCAAAUAAAGCAUUACUCAGUAAAUGAGUAGAUUUUACCCAAAAAUCGUUUCCAGUAGAAGAACUCAAAUUUGAGUAACUAAGGAGUUACUCUAAAUUAGAGUGGUUCCACUUUUUCUAUAGAUGAGUGGAAUCUUACUCAUUUUUGAGUAACUAUUUUUAAGCGUGUAGUAAGAUUUCUGUCGGUUACCGGAAUUUCUAUCAAACGUGAAACAGUUAGUUAAAUAAUAUACACCUUCUGGUUCGGUAUUGGAAGGCUUCCACCGUUGUCCUGCUAGAUACAUCUACCUUAACUCGGCAAAAGUCUGGUGACAAUCGAUCUGACAGAGAAAGCGAUAAUCAACGGUUCAGUUCCAUUCUUAACCUUGACAGACAAAGCUAGAAUAACCGUUUCAAAUCGGAUCGGCAUUCGAUUCUUUUUUGACCUUAAAAAUUAUUUUGCCGGGACGAUUUUACUACUUUUGCCCUACAAAGUAAAAUGAAUAAGGUUGUAAAAUCAACUUAAAAUACAAACAUCUUGAUCCCUAGAUUCAACUACUGCAAACAUCUCAAAAUACUAACAUCUCCAUCGCUCGGAUCGAUUUUCAAAUGUUGCUAAACAUCAAUUUUUCCAAAUUGAAAGUUAUUAAUACAGAAAUAAAAUCUAUAACAUGGAAACAUUUAUGUGGUUUGAAGUAUCUUAUGCCAAAUUAUUCACGAUCCACCGAAUGAAGCAAAACCGAAGAAAUAGAGAAAAGAUUUAUUAACAAGAUAUGAUGUCUAGAAAUUGACACAAAUCGACCAAAUCAUUUUGAAAUAAAUCGGGUUUCUACCGACUGCAGCCAUUUCAACCAAGUGGGUACUGUAUACUAAGGCCGUGGAUCAUCUCGCGAAUUAUUUUAACUUUUAGUUAAAAUUUGACAGUCGAGCAGUUAUUUCCUAUCGAGUAGUUAAAAAUAACUAAAACUGCGGCCCAUUUCAAAGUUUGAUGGAUGGAAAGUUGUUUGGGUUUAUUUUGCACUGAAAAUAAAAUGAUAUCAAGUGGUUUAUCAAUUGCAAUACAGCGAUCGCAAGAAGAACUUUUAGAUGAACUUACUUCGCUUGAAAAUGUAUAGGGCAUUUUCUUUGACUGAAAGUAUAAAAAGAAAUUACAUACAAGAGAUUUUUACUGAUGGUCUGGAACUAGAAUUUUUCUUCAAAACUUCUUUCAGUGUCGGAAAGUAACCAUCGAUCUUGUUAAAAAAUUACCAUGCUUUCGAGCAGGGUUAUUUUUGACAACAUUCAAAUAACCGUUCGAGUGUCAAAUUAGUUUAACUAAAAGUUAAACUAAUUCGCGAGAUACUCCACAGCCUAAGGCGGUGAACCAUUUCACGGAUAUUUUCAACCCUUGGUUAAAAUCUGACAGUUCUAUAGCGGCCCUUACACGAGUCGUUAAAAAUGUCAUUACUAAAAAAUAAUAUCAUUUUAAUGAACGUGUAAUGGUGCACUAAUGACGAAAUUUCUAACAAAUUUAAAAUACAUCAUUACUUAGUCAUCAUUUAAAAUGACAUUUUUAAUGCUCGUGUAAGGGCCGCUUAUAGUUUUUUUUUUCAUUGCCAAAAGUAUCCCCGCUCUAGAGCACGAUUUUUUUAAAUGCAAUUUAGUGCCUAGCAAAGCUAUGCAUCUUCGAUAUGAGGUAUGGUAUGGCGUGGAAAUGCCUCGAAAAAUUGAUAAAUUUCCGUCACAGUGUUCCCAGAUGAAUUUGAAGCUUAAAUAGUUUACUGUAAAUUUGAUAUGGAAUUAUGUUGUGAUGGAUUGAUAAUGCCGAAAAAUAACAGAGCAAUUUAUUUUUUUACAGCCUGCCAAUUUUUUUUAAUACUUUUUUUGAAAUAUACUGAUUUUGUCGAAAGUAUAACGCAUAAAGUUGAGAAGUAAAAUAAACAGGCUAAUUUGCAGUUCGAGUAAAAUGGAACGAAACUGCAUAAUACAUCCAUUAUCCAGACAGCAAAAACACUAGGUUCGACGAACGGGUCGAACAUUCUCUAAGUAAUUACAAUAAUAGGUAGAACUGCAGUUUGGGAACCAAUAAAGCGAAAUUAAACGGUAUUAUUACUAUUAUUAUAUUUACUUUGAAAGUCACGCUGGUUAAGAAAACAAUGCGGCAGAAACAACAGAUAAUGGUUUUUCUUUGCCAAACCAAGCAAACAAAACAAAGGUAUAGUCAUAAUGUUAGUGUAAUUGUACAACCUGUUAAUGUUUAAAAUUUACUAGAACAAGAACGAGAUUAGAACGUGACGGAAGAAAUUACAUUUUUAUUUCUGAUUUCUUUCGAAUUUGUCGUUACCUUUUCACUCUAUAGUCCAACACAAAAAAAGGAAAAAACUAUUUACUUCACCUCAACUUUCUACUGACUUUUCAGCUACUUACUUGUAAACUACACAGAAUCACACUCGUAACAACAUAACAUUUCUCUCAAACACGCAAUGUCUGUUAACAAUACAAAAAAAAACAAGCUAAUAAUUAGAUACCGAAGAAUUGGCGAGAAAUUGAGAGCUGGCGGGCAUACAGAAUAAAGGAUACGACCGGUACACCAACGUACCGUGAAAUUAAUAGUAUUUAUUGUUAUAUUGAGAAGAAAAAAAAAUGAGAAAUAAAUAAAUUUAAAUAAUAAAAAUUCAGUUCGGUGCCUUCUGAAUGUUUGACGCGUGGAAUUUACCUUUUAGUGCUAUUACCUUUGUCUUGUGCUUCUAUAAACUAAAAAAAAGAACAUUUUUCUUUGGCCCCAAAACAAAUAAAACGAUUUCCCCAUUAGAGCGCUUUCCUCGUCGUGAUAUUCAAACCACACUCCAUAUACAUGUUAAAUAUAUUUACCAUUAAAUGUUCCUGAGCCAUUUGUUCCAUUUGGUUUGUGUUUUACAUUUCCUAUCGUGUUAUAUCUAUGCGCUUACGGCAUAAUGACUUUUUACAAGGUAGGUUUAAGUUCAAAUCGACUAUGUUUUGAGUUAUAGCUCAGCUUUUUAGAACUCUUAGUAAUAAAUCGGCACAAAUAGUCGACAAAACGGUUCCGCUUGUCUUAUUAUUGUUCAUUUCUCAAACGUAUUGCAAAGGAAGAUCUGUAGCUAAAUCGUACUUGAAUUCAAAACCAAUACCGCUGCUUUGAAUUACAAAAAAAAAUGGUGACAGCGGCAGCUAAUAGCGAUUAGAGCAGAAAAAAAACGCCGAAGGGUGUAUGCAAAAACCACUACAAUAAGCUAAAAUGAAGCAACGCCAGACAGUGUAUAAAAUGACAAAUAGCGAACUGAAGUGAAGAUGCGAAGUACUUUGUACAUUUAUUGAAAUAAACACACCGUAGAUAUACAACUAAGAAAAUAUGAGCAAAUAAAAGUACGACACUAUUCCAGAAAAAAAAGAAACGCGCUUUUCAUGUUUUUUUGUAAAUAACCAUAACGGAAACUUCUUCAUUUUAUACUAACACUUAAUCAGAGAUAGCUAUUGGAGCUGAAAGCUAUGACUAUCUUUAUAUACAGAACCAAGCAAGGACCGUGUUAUACAACAAAAAAAAACAGUUCGCAUUUUGAAAUACGCAGCAAUGCCUCGAAACGCUUUUCUCUCCAAAUCUUCACCACAGGAAAAAAUAAAAAAGACACAAAAGUAUACAUUUAAGAAUAACUAUUUCCGCAAAUCACUUCAAAUUUGGCUGAACUUUAAUUCAUCGCUUUGUUUCGUCUCUUGUAUCGAACGGCGUAAACUCUGUCCAAUAUAAAAAAAAAACGCCUACAAUUCAUCUGUAUAAAUCAAGUCUAAGAAAAAACAAGAACAAAUACAAUAAUUAAUUAUAAUGAUCAAUCCAAGAAAAGAACAAAACGGCAGCCAAAUUCAAUCCUUCAUCUCUCAAUAAUUAGUUUAGAAGCGGAAUGAAAUUAAGACAAACUUAGCUUAACAAACAGACACAAUACACAAACUGACUUUAUAGAGAAGGUGGCAUGAUUGUUAAUUAUUGCAUACUUUAUUUAUUUAUACAUACAUACAGGUGAAUACUGAAAAUGUCGCGUGAACCAGUGUUUGACAAGGAGGUCAAAAAGAAAUUCUAAUAAAGUGAGAUGAGCGAAAAUACAAGAAAAAAUGAAUCUUAGUCGAUCGUUUUUAUCCCUGCAGCUUUGCCAUUCACGAUGAAGCAAACACAUAUCAUAACAACUCGAGCUUGUUCGAAUCGCCAUCAAACACAAACAGUGAUCGGUUCUACUCUGCGACUAAUGGUACCUAGUACUUUCCCUACGUUACUAUUAUUUUCAAUUGACAUUGGUGUGAUUUGACAGUAUUAUGCUUUAGGGAUCCGAAAAGCAUGCAAACAAAGCAAACUGGUAUUUAUAUUUGUAUAGUAGUUUACAUUUGAAAUAAUGUUUUCUGCCUACUGCAUUAGAAAACAACGGAGUAUUUUUUUUUUUUCAAUCGAGAAUAUGCCCAGCUUCUUUUUGAAAAAUGAAGGAUUGACUAUCAUGUUAAAUUGCAAAAGUUGUCUUCGAUUUUCCCCUUCGAUCGAAUUUUUCUUAUUUCCAGUAGAGGUGCCUGUAAUAUCAGAGUGACGACAUCUCAAACGUAAUGUUGGCAACAACUCAAAACAUUUCGUCCGAAAUGUUGGCAGUAUCGUUAGCAUUACAUUGUAUUUGAAAGAUCCUUUGUUCGUUUGCUACAAAGCUGUCGUUCCAAAUGAACCAAAGUCGUCACUCUGAUAUUGCAGACACUUUAAUUUCCAGUGAAGUCAAACCAACCGUAAUAUUUUAUUAACGAAAUGUACAGCUUCUACACGAGUAAGCCAUGUAGAUAAAUUUUUCAAUGAAUUCAAAAUGAUAGUGCAGGAUGACCAAAAGUAAAUCAUCAACUGGAUACUUCAGAAUUGAAAAAAAAUCUAUUAUUUCAAUUUUACAACCUUGCUAAAACUUACCUUUGUUCAUACCAUUGCCGAAUACGAACAGUUUUUCGACUGAAGACAGUAGAACCGUUAUUUUUAGUGCAUCACAGCCACAACAGCGCAAGGCAAAACAACAACACAAAACCAAACAGAUCAGUAAUACGCUAUAUUACCAACCAGUAGAAAUGGCAAUACAAACAAAAACACAAAGCAAAGUAGAUCAAAGAAAAAAAAACAAAACAGAUCACACACUGAAGUACAUAAAUGCCACAAUGGAAAAACUAAACCAGCAGGAAAGCAAAACUACAAAAACAACAAUAAAACAGGCGGAAACUGACAGCAGCAAUGCAACUUUGUAAUUAUACUGAUUAGGUGAACAUUACAAGCAGAGAAAUACAAUAAAAUCGUGAAUGUAAUGAGAACCCAAAACUUAUCACAAAACAAUGGACAA